AGCAGGACGGAAGUAGGUACGUGGCUGCUUCAGCUGACAUUCAGCAUGAUGGCGACAGAGGUUCAGAGCGGCGACCUCAACAGUGCAAAUUCAAGCCGGCUCGAAGUUUCUAUCGACGGAUUGACUUUGAGUCCCGAUUCCGAGUGCGAGCAGGAACAGGCCGAGACGUCUGUUGCUCUGUCGGCGGAGCAGAGCUCCAUAAACCGGGCCGUCGAUGAAGAGGAGGGCGAAUACACAAGCAGCCACACGAUCGAGAAAUGGGGCUUUCCUUUAGUGGAGCUCUAUGGUCUUGCGCUCAAAUUUUUUAAAGAGAAAGAUGGCAAAGCUUUUCAUCCGACGUAUGAGGAGAAACUUCGACUGGUUGCCCUACACAAGCAGGUGUUACAAGGGCCUUACAACCCAGACGCUUCGCCUGAGGUGGGCUUUUUUGAUGUGCUGGGAAAUGACCGCAGGAGAGAAUGGUCAUCUUUGGGAAACAUGGAGAAGGACGAGGCCAUGCUGGAGUUUGUGAAGCUGUUGAUUAAAUGUUGCAAUUUAUUUGCACCUUUCAUCGCAUCUCAUAAGAUCGAAAAGGAGGAGCUGGAGAGAAAGAGGCGAGAGGAAGAGGAGCAGCGACGCAGAGAAGAAGAGGAGCGUGAGCGACAGCGUCUGGAAGAGGAGAGGCGUAGACGUGAGGAGGAGGAGAGGCUGAGGAGAGAAGAGGAGGAGAGGAGACAGGUUGAGGAAGAAAGACUGCGAGUUGAACAGCAAAAGCAGCAGAUCAUGGCUGCACUGAAUGCACAGACAGCUGUGCAGUUCCAGCAGUAUGCGGCGCAGCAGUAUCCCGACAGUCUGGAGCAGCAGCUCAUCCUCAUCCGGCAGCUGCAGGAGCAGCAUUAUCAGCAGUACAUGCAGCAGCUGUAUCAAGUGCAGCUCGCGCAGCAGCAGGCUGCUUUGCAGAAACAGCAGGAGGAUGCGAUAGUGCUGUCCACAUUAGAGGCCAGUGAGGUGUCAUCACCCCCUGCUGGAGAGGAGGGACCUCUACUGAACGGCCGUGCAGAGUCCACGACUGACAGCUUCGAGCGAGAGCCAGAUCUGGAGGCUGCAGAUGAAGUUACUGAGAAUGGACCUACAGAUUCUCCACCUGUAAUAGCAGCCCCUUCUAUGUGGACCCGACCACAGAUCAAAGACUUUAAAGAGAAGAUCCGUCAGGAUUUGGACUCUGUCAUCACAGUGGGCCGGGGGGAGGUUGUGACCGUCCGGGUCCCCACCCACGAGGAGGGCUCCUAUCUCUUCUGGGAGUUUGCCACUGACUAUUACGACAUUGGAUUUGGAGUCUUCUUUGAAUGGACUGACACUACAAAUGCAUCGGUCAGCGUGCAUGUCAGCGAGUCUAGUGACGAAGACGAGGAUGAGGAAGGAGAGGUCCAUUCAGAGGAGGAGAAGGCUAAGAAAGAGGCUGGGAAACCACAGGUGGAUGAAAUAGUGCCGGUGUACCGGCGGGACUGCCAUGAGGAGGUGUACGCUGGGAGUCACCAGUAUCCCGGCCGUGGUAUAUACUUGCUCAAGUUCGACAACUCUUAUUCCCUCUGGAGGUCGAAAACCGUCUACUACAGAGUAUACUACACCAGAUAAGCCUGGAGGCAAGACUGUGGGACAGGAGUGUGUGUGGAAUUUAGCAGGAAUGAAAGAUAAAAGUGAGGAAAUGUACGGGACGUGCAGUACUUUGGGGAGGGACGAAGAGAUGCGACAUGAGCUUGUUCGUUGUGUAUGCAAACUUUGUGGUCAUGUGUGUCAUGAUGUUUGAGUUCAUGAGGAAUUGGGUCAUGUACUUGGCACCUCUGUUUUGCACUCUAAAUGAUGUAGUGCUUGUUGAUAUCACUGUCUUAUAUAACUAGUGUGACUUACAUCAGCCUUGAUCUUCUAAUUUCAUCCAAAGAGGUGCUCCAGUAGGACAAAUACGUAUGUGUCCUGAUGAAAAAUGUAGUCGAGAUCCUCCUAUCAAACACAUAGGACAGAAGUGCAUCAGUGUGCGUCCCGCCCAAGUGCUGCCCCUAUAUAACAGACGGACAAGACUUUCUCAUGAUGGAAUUUUGGAUGAAAUGUAUCUGGACUACAUGAUGGAGGCCUUUAUGAAUGGAGAUUUUUCAGCAUUUUCUAAAACCGAUGGAUUGUGUCUAAAACAUUUAAUAAAUAUUUAUUAAUCUCUGUGGUAGGGUAGGGUCCUUCGUGUGUUUGUGUGUCCUGUAACAUCUUGAUCGUUUAUUUUUUUUGAUUACACAGAGCCCCAAAUCUAUGGUCUCAAGUUGUCAAUGUUCUUUUGUGUAAUUUUCUGUUGUCAGUAUGGUUCAGCAGUAUUGACCUUUUAUGUUGUGGCACUGCAAAAUAUUCUUGCCUUUUUUGAUUUCAUAGUUUCUUCAUAGUUACAGACAGCCAUGUCAAAACAUAAAAUGUUUAUUGGUUUAAAUUUAUAUUUGUUACACUUGGUUCUCCAUCACAAUAACAACCAUCUCUUAUUCUCAUUUAAAAUAUUAAUAAUGAAGUGUUUGUAUAGCUAAUUGAUACUAACUUUCAAAAGCAGCAUAUGAAUCUCUUGAUUCGCCUACUUUUUUCUGUUAUUUAUUGGACAGGUCAGUGUUUUCUGGAUAAUAAUUUACAAGCAUUUUUCUUUAUCAUUAUAUUGCUUUAAAAGAGUAUAAUUUCAUCUUCAAAUAUUGGACUCAUCACUGGCUGAAUUGUUGAAUUAAAUUUUAUUCUCAUGAUUGGAUCAAAGACACCUGUGUAAAACAGGUCACUGCUGUUUAACUGAGAUCCAACAUCGCCUAUGUAAACAAACACGGAUGCUGUUUCACUGUGCUUAUAUGAUGAAUAUAGCAUAUGCCCAUUGAUCGAAGUGUUAUGUCAAAGAGCCGUGAUGAUUCCGCAUCAUUUAAUAUACCAUGUACAGUUCAUUGGUUAGAGUUACUGACUGUUUUUCCCAUGUAUUUUUCUUUUUUAAUGCUGACUUCAGGCCUUCGUAUAGUGAAAUGUGGCAUGGUAUUGUUGAAGAUUCUGGAAAAUAGAUGAACCAAGGAAUUGAUAUGAAAAUGUUGAAUAUAAAGGCAUGAAGAAGUGUUUUUUUAUUGGUUUCACUUGUGUGCUCUGAUCUGUAUGCAUAUGAGGAUGAGUGUCUUGGAGUGUAUAUUUGAUGGAUUAAACUUGCUUUUCCUCUGUA